CGCGGGAAGGCGGUUCCGCUGCUCGGAGCGCAGGCCCGGCCGACAGCCGAGACGCGGGGCGCGCCUCUCGCGUCAGCCCCGGGACCCAACAUGCGCCGCUCGGCGGGAGGCGUCUGGCUGGCGCUGGCCGCGUCGCUCAUGCACGUGUCCCUGCAAGGCGAGUUCCAGAGGAAGCUCUACAAGGAGCUGGUCAAGAACUACAACCCCUUGGAGAGGCCCGUGGCCAAUGACUCCCAGCCGCUCACCGUCUACUUCUCGCUCAGCCUCCUGCAGAUCAUGGAUGUGGAUGAGAAGAACCAAGUUCUAACCACCAACAUUUGGCUGCAGAUGUCCUGGACAGAUCACUAUCUGCAGUGGAAUAUGUCAGAAUAUCCAGGUGUGAAGACUGUUCGCUUCCCAGAUGGCCAGAUUUGGAAACCAGACAUUCUUCUCUAUAACAGUGCUGACGAGCGAUUUGAUGCCACGUUCCACACCAACGUUUUGGUGAAUUCUUCUGGGCACUGCCAGUACCUCCCCCCAGGCAUAUUCAAGAGCUCCUGCUACAUCGACGUGCGCUGGUUUCCCUUCGACGUACAGCAGUGCAAACUCAAGUUUGGGUCCUGGUCUUACGGAGGCUGGUCGCUGGAUCUGCAGAUGGAGGAGGCAGACAUCAGUAGCUAUAUCCCAAACGGAGAAUGGGACCUCGUGGGGAUCCCUGGAAAGAGGAGCGAGAAGUUCUAUGAGUGCUGCAAAGAGCCAUACCCAGACGUCACCUUCACCGUGACCAUGCGCCGCAGGACCCUCUUCUACGGCCUCAACCUGCUCAUCCCCUGUGUGCUCAUCUCUGCCCUCGCUCUGCUGGUGUUCCUGCUCCCCGCUGACUCAGGAGAGAAGAUCUCCCUGGGGAUAACAGUCUUACUCUCUCUCACCGUCUUCAUGCUUCUGGUGGCUGAGAUCAUGCCAGCAACAUCUGACUCCGUGCCAUUGAUAGCCCAGUACUUUGCCAGCACCAUGAUCAUCGUGAGCCUGUCUGUGGUGGUGACAGUGAUCGUGCUGCGGUACCACCACCAUGACCCUGAUGGGGGCAAGAUGCCCAAGUGGACCAGAGUCAUCCUUCUGAACUGGUGUGCAUGGUUCCUGCGCAUGAAGCGGCCGGGGGAGGACAAGGUCCGCCCUGCCUGCCAGCACAAGCAGCGCCGCUGCAGCCUGGCCAGCGUGGAGAUGAGCGCUGUGGCCGCGCCGCCAGCCAGCAACGGGAACCUGCUGUACAUCGGCUUCCGAGGCCUGGAUGGCAUGCACUGCGCCCCGACCCCGGACUCUGGGGUUGUGUGCGGCCGCAUGGCCUGCUCCCCCACACACGACGAGCACCUUCUGCAUGGUGGGCAGCCCCCCGAGGUGGACCCAGACCUGGCCAAGAUCCUAGAGGAGGUGCGCUACAUCGCCAACCGCUUCCGCUGCCAGGAUGAGAGCGAGGUGGUGUGCAGCGAGUGGAAGUUCGCGGCGUGUGUGGUGGACCGCUUGUGCCUCAUGGCCUUCUCCGUCUUCACCAUCAUCUGCACCAUCGGCAUUCUGAUGUCCGCGCCCAACUUCGUGGAGGCCGUGUCCAAAGACUUUGCUUAACCAAACCCCAUUCUUGAUGUGCAGGAAACACAGAGGGGCAGAGACUUUCUGGCUUGGUGGGAGUUUGGGGUGCUGAUCCCUCAGCAGUAUUAAACUAGGCUAUUCUGAUGUCUCCUUCUUGCUGUCAGUCUUGUUGGCUGUGGCUUCUGUGUUACUUUAGGUAAUAGGGUCUCCGUACCUUUCUGUUGAAUCCUCUCAGAUGUGCUAACUGAUGCCUGUGGCACGUCCUUACGGUUGGUCAGCAGGGUCACUGAGAGGUCAUUUUGCCCAUUUUCCUGCCUCUGGAAGAGCUUUCCAGGGAGUCCCAACUGCUCCUGACUGCUCAGGGGAGCUGUACAGGUGGUCUGCAUGCCUGCAUGCCGUUGCCAUGAGGGCUACGGGAACAUUCUACCUGCGCUCUUGCCUGUGUACAAAUCUAGAUCGGAACUAAUAAUAAAGCAGAC